AUGCGUAUCCCAACGUUUCCAACUCUCGUUCGUACCUUCUAUACAAUCAGCAAUUAUACCCUUUCUCGCCUCCCAGCAACACAAUACAAAGCCCUUCAACCCAUCACUCGAGGAACUGUCCUGAGAUCAAUGCCAACCAUCCCAUUUCUAUCAUCUUUCUUUGGUACUUCAAGCUCUCAGCAAAUGUCUUAUCCAGUGCAAAAGACAGACGAAGAAUGGCAAGCUGUUCUUUCAAAAGAACAAUUCCGAGUCCUCCGUAAACAAGGCACCGAAGCUCCGUAUGUCGGCAAAUACGACAAACACAUGCCCGACUCUGGUGUCUACACAUGCGCCGGCUGCGAUGCCCCUCUAUACAAAGCUUCACACAAAUUCAAGUCUGGAUGUGGAUGGCCCGCCUAUUUUGACAACAUUCCUGGAGCUGUAACUAGACAUACGGAUAGUACUCUAGGAAUGGAGCGAACCGAAAUCGUAUGUUCGAAUUGUGGCGGCCAUUUGGGACAUGUGUUUAAAGGUGAAGGCUAUAAGACACCGACGGAUGAGAGACACUGUGUCAAUAGUGUGAGCAUGAAGUUUGCCCCGGAAGACAAAAUCGUGGAUGACGCGAAGAAUACCGGGGAGAGCAAAGUUUGA